AUGAUGAUCGGAGGUGGAAUUGAGAAGACUGAGCUUCCUACCAUACUUAGGGGGAAAGGAGAUGAAAUGGAUAAACUGAGGUUCGCUAUAAUGUAUCUCAGGGAGUCCGAUGUUGAUGCUAGUGCAUUUCAGUAUGUGAAGAAGUAUAAAGUCAAUAAAUAUCGCAUUAGCAUCAACAAAUUCUUUCAUGUAUGUGGGUUGUAUACUCUCAGACUCACAGUGAGUUCUGUUUGGUACACUCUCUGUCAUGAGAAGCUUCUGGCAUCAAGUGGAUCUAUUAUCUACAGCAGCUUUAUCAGUGCUGGAAACUGCAGCUCUCCAAGUUCAAUUCUGCUAGGACGAGAACCAUGA